AUCGCAUUCGCAGCGAAACGCAUAUUUCAUAACCCAUUCAAUGGCUACAUAAUAGUCACUAUUCAUCGCAUAUUUGUCGCGAUUUCGGUGAUAAUCCCGUGCAAUGAGUGGCCAAUUAGUGGCCGAAUCGGUUCCCAACCGUGAAUCCAAAGUGGAUGUCGAGAAAGUCGUGUGGAUUGGGGUCCUAAUCGUCACCGUUUCCAUACCAUUCCUCAUGACACUCAUCGCACUGGUACACAUAGACGACUGUCCCCAUCAGCCCUACAUCCCUAUCUGGAUAUUGAUGGCCGGCAUAUCCAUGAGUAUCAGUAAUAUCAUCAAUACGGCCGACAAGUACUCACCACCGAAACAGUCAUCAUAUAAGCGCCGGAAGCGUAUAGUCGGCGCCCUUAACCUCAUCGCCAACUGCUUCACAAUAGCCUGCUUUGUGUCCGGUGGCAUAUGGGUGUACGGCCAGCCGAAGCCCUCGCACACCACUUCCAGCGCCGACUACUGUAACCCAACGCUCUAUGGGUUCGCCUUUUGGUUACUAAACCUGUCGCUAGUGUUCAUCGUUUUGCUAAUCAUUACGAUAUGUAUCGGAUUUGCGGUGAAAAUCAUCAAAAACUCCAAAUAAGUCAUUAUAUACAGCAACCAAACUGUGCUAAUCUAAGCUAGUCAAUUUUCUGGUUCCCAUCACAUACCGGUGC